AUGAACGUCUCCAGCAGUCCCGCUGGAGGGGCCCCUGGAGGCACCGCCCUCAGACCCCUGGUGAAGCCCAAGAUCAUCAAAAAGAGGACCAAGAAGUUCAUCCGCCACCAGUCGGACCGCUAUGUCAAGAUUAAGCGUAACUGGUGGAAACCCAGCGGUAUUGACAACAGGGUGUGGAGAAGAUUCAAGGGCCAGAUCUUGAUGCCCAACAUAGGUUACAGGAGCAACAAGAAGACCAAGCACAUGCUGCCCAGCGGCUUCCGGAAGUUCCUGGUCCACAACGUCAAGGAGCUGGAGGUGCUGCUGAUGUGCAACAAAUCCUACUGUGCAGAGACUGCUCACAACGUCUCCUCCGAGAACCGCAAGGCCAGUGUGGAGAGAGCGGCCCAGCUGGCCAUCAGGGUCACCAACCCCAAUACCAGGCUGCGCAGUGAAGAAAAUGAGUAGGUGGCUCAGGUGCGCAUUUUAUUUGUGUUUAAAUA